AUGUCUUCGCGAGGGACCAAGCGACCGGUCUCUGUCUCGGACGCUUUCCGGAUGGAAGAGGAGACGUCAUUUGUGCCCAAGGAUGCAAAGGUUUCGCGAAAUCUGGGAUCCCAGUCGGGCCACCCGGAUCCCUUGCGGCACGAUGGCUCCAUCUCCACGCCGGUUGCCGGCUUGCCCGGCUCGGAGAAGUGCGAGAACGAGGCUGAGGCUCUGGCAGUCACGCGACGCACCUCCUUCGAUCACAAGGCAGAGGCUCCGGCGGUGAGCCGAGCCUCCUUUGACCAGAAGGCCAUGAGCGUGAAGUCAGCGAGCCCAACCAGUGAGAAGCGGCCGGAAAAGGCCAAGCAGGGCUUUUUCGUGUGCUGGCUGUGCAAGCGCAGGUUUGACACCUACGAAAAGUUCGACUCCCAUGUGCUGUACAGCAGGCUGCACCAGGAAACAAUCCGACAGCUUGCAGGACUCGCGUAG